AUGACACCGCCUCCCUCCUCCAAGUGGCACGGAUCACCCUCCAUACCCAUGAGUGGGCGGUGUUGUGUGGAGCCACACCUCCACUGGCGCUGCCGCUGCUGCUGCGGGACUGAAGCAGAAUCUGCCCGCUUGUUCUCAGCCAGCAGAAGCGGCGAUCGCGAUCGGAGUGUGUGAUCGCUGUCCGGAGAGCAUAGAUGUGCAAAACCCCUGGAUUAUCCGUGCGCUGGAGAGGCCAGAACCGACCACCGUGGGGGACUGUCUUCAUCUAGUCGUGGAAAGGGAAAGAGCCACGGGGAGAGCAUGGCGGUAGAGGAGGAAGGUCUGCGGGUUUUCCAGAGCGUUAAAAUAAAAAUAGGAGAAGCAAAAAACAUCCCUCCGUACCCGGGGCCAAACAGGAUGAGGGACUGCUACUGCACCGUCAACCUGGACCAAGAAGAGGUCUUCAGGACCAAGAUCAUAGAGAAGUCCCUUUGUCCAUUCUACGGGGAGGACUUUUACUGUGAGAUUCCACGUAGCUUCAGACACCUCUCCUUCUACAUCUUCGACAGGGACGUCUUCAGGAGGGACUCCAGUAUCGGCAAGGUUGCAGUGAAGAAAGAAGACCUGCAGAAAUAUCACGGCAAAGACACCUGGUUCCAGCUACAACCUGUCAGCGCUGACUCAGAAGUGCAGGGGAAAGUGCACCUGGAGCUGCGACUGAGUGAAGUCAUCACAGACAGUGGGGUCAUCAACCAUAAACUAGCCACACGUGUUUUGGAGUGCCAAGGUCUUCCAAUCGUCAACGGCCAGUGUGAUCCCUAUGCUGCUGUCUCCUUACUAGGACCUUCGAGGUCAGAAGCUAAGAAGACCAAAGUGAAGAGGAAAACCAACAAUCCACAGUUUGAGGAGGUUUUCUAUUUUGAGGUGACGCGGCCAUUAAGCUACACAAAGCGUCAGUUUGAUGUUGAGGAAGAGGAUGUUGACAAGCUGGCACUGAGGGUGGAUCUGUGGAACGCCAGCAACCUGAAGUUCGGGGAUGAGUUCCUGGGAGGGGUGCGAGUUCCUCUGCGAGUGUUGAGUCAGGCCGGUGUCCAUGACGCAUGGUACUUUCUCCAGCCCAGGGAGAACGGGGGGAAGUCAGUGAAGGUAGAGGAGCUCGGCUCUCUGCGUCUGAACAUCGUUUACACGGAGGACCACGUCUUCCCCUCUGAACACUACACCCCCCUCAGAGAUCUACUGCUGCACUCUGCUAAUGUAGCGCCUGUGUCGGCGUCCCCAGCUCACACUCUGGGGGAGGUGUGUCGAGAGAAACAAGAAGCCGCCAUUCCCCUGGUGCGUUUGUUUCUCCACUACGGCAAGAUUGUGCCUUUCAUCAGCACCAUCGCUCACGCCGAAGUCAACCGCACACAAGAUCCUAACACCAUUUUCCGGGGAAACUCCCUGACGUCCAAGUGCAUUGACGAGACCAUGAAGCUGGCAGGAAUGCACUAUCUGCAAGUGACACUCAAACCCAUCAUAGAUGAGAUCUGCACAGAACACAAAUCCUGUGAAAUCGACCCGGUCAAGCUCAAAGAAUCGGAGAACCUGGAGACGAACAGGGAAAAUCUUCGUCAGUAUGUGGACCGUAUCUUCAACACUAUCACCACCUCCGGCGUUCGCUGUCCCACCGUCAUGUGUGAUAUCUUCUUCUCUUUGAGAGAGUCCGCUGCCACCCGUUUCCAAGUUGACCAAGAUGUCCGAUACACAGCAGUGAGCAGUUUUAUUUUCCUGCGUUUCUUCGCUCCGGCCAUCCUCUCCCCGAACUUGUUCCAUCUACGGCCGCACCAUCCAGAUCCCGCCACCUCUCGAACCCUCACCCUCAUCUCCAAGACGAUCCAGACCCUGGGAAGUCUCGCCAAGUCUAAGUCUGCCAAUUUCAAAGAGUCUUACAUGGCUGCAUUUUACGACUACUUCAAUGAGCAGAAAUAUGCGGACGCUGUGAAGAAUUUCCUGGACCUGAUCUCCACCUCAGGCAAAUGGGAUCAGAGGAGUAUUGAAACACCAAUCAUGCUCAAAGAGGGAUUUAUGAUAAAGCGGGCUCAAGGGAGAAACCGUUUUGGAAUGAAGAAUUUCAAGAAGAGAUGGUUUCGCCUCACCAAUCACGAGUUUACCUACCACAAGACCAAAGGGGAGAGCGCUCUCUGCAGCAUUCCUAUAGAGAACAUUUUGGCUGUGGAGCGGCUAGAGGAGGAGUCUUUCAAGAUGAAAAAUAUGUUCCAGGUCAUUCAGCCGGAGCGGGCACUCUACAUUCAGGCCAACAACUGCGUCGAGGCUCGCGACUGGAUCGACAUCCUGACCAAAGUCAGCCAGUGCAACCGCAAACGCCUAAGCACCUACCACCCUUCAGCCUACCUCAACGGCCACUGGCUGUGCUGCAAGUUCUCAGCGGACACGGCCUCUGGGUGUACGCCCUGCACUGGCGGCCUCCCUGCAAACAUCCAGCUGGACGUAGAUGGAGACAGAGAGACAGAGAGGAUUUAUUCCCUGUUCAGCACAUACAUGACCAAACUGAUCAAGAUGCAAGAGGCCUGCGGCAGCAAAUCUGUGUACGACGGACCCGAACAGGAGGAGUACUCCAGCUUUGUCAUCGAUGACCCCCAGGAGACCUACAAAACCCUGAAACUGAUUGUUUCAGCUGUGCAGACCUUGGAGCAGCAGCACACCAAGUACAAACGUGACAAGUUCAAGAAGACAAAGAUAGGCAGCCAGGAGCAUCCGAUUGGAGACAAGAGUUUUCAGUGCUACAUACGGCAGCAGUCUGAGAGCUCCACCUACUCCAUCUAGCCCCGUGUACUGUUUCUACAAUGCCUAGAACCAGCAUAUUUUUCUUUACUGGGAAAAAAUUCCAUCUUGACAAUGCUCCAUUUCUAGUAUUGAGUUUUAACACUUUAUUUUUCCUCAAAACAAGAUUAAAGAAAGGCAUCAAGGUGAGAUCAUUUCACUUAUUUCCAAAGCAAUGUGUCCAUGCUUCACCUUUUUUAAAAGACUUUUCAGGAAGCAGCAUGCUGUUUUGGAAACAAGUGUCACCUGACUGGCUUAUUUGUCCAGUUUUAGGAAAAUAAAGGGAGUUUUAAUUAUCCACACCAGACUGAACGAGCUGUGGGGAUGUACAGUUUUUUUCCGCAGUGUCUCAAGAUGCAUUCCUCCAAAUUUGGAGAACAAACCUCAGAUCAGCAUAAAAAAUAGAGGAACAGUCGUGGAGAAAAGGAGGGAUACAAAUUAAGACACAAUCAUACCGUACAACUACGUAGGUUUCCUGUCUGUGAUGUGACGAGGGAACAGGCCAAUGUUUUCACUGGACAGUUUUUGACAGUGACCAACACGCACUUUAAUCGCCUCCACAUCUCUGGAUGAACGAGCAUCGCAGCACACGUUCAAAAACUUAUUUUAUCUGUUUGAUUUGUAUUUGGUUAUGAUAAUGGUUGACAUGUUGAGAUGUGCCAUUGUAUUUCACUCCAGAAGGAAGAUAGGACUGUACUUUUCCACCUUUAGGUGGUGUUUUUGCUGUUUCUUUGUCGCCCAACCUUUGUCGCACAGAAGAAGAAGAAGGAGAAAAGAAGAAGGGAUUGUCGGGACCAAGCACAGCAGAGAGCAGCUCGAUGUUACCAAUGUGAUCUUUCAAUUUCAUCCCUCAUUUUUAAUCCUCAUCAACAAUGUUCUAACAGAUGUUUAGGGUCAAGUGUUCACGUUUCUUUUGAAGCCUUGUUCUGUUGUGAUUGGAUGUCAUGCUCCUGUGUUCACAGUACCUGGGUUGAAGGAAUAGAUUAUUUUUUUUGGAGUCAGAAAAACCCAUCGAUGCCUUUUUUUUUUAUCUCGAUGGGCGUCGAGUUGCAGCUUCUCUUUUAAGUCAGACAAAUCUUCAUCUGAACCCAGACGUUCGAGGAUGACUUCGGAACCAGUUCCUGUGGAUAUUGGCCACACUGGGCUGCGUGCUGUUGGGCCCUGUUGACUCACGCAAUCUGUGAAUCUAUUCAGUAAAAUGCCACAAUAUAAACUGAAAUAAUUGUGUGCUGACAAUAUACACUCACUGGCCACUUUAUUAGGUGCACCGGUACAAUCUAUUGCAAUUCAGCUCAAUUACAAAGGACAUUGUGGGAAAUGUGUUGUUAGGUUAAAGGUGUUGUUGUUCUGGACAACAUUGAGAGGUGUUUCUCAUGUUUUUGUCCUUCUUAUUUACAGCACAGGACAGAAUAUAAGAACAGGGUGAAUAUAAUGUAGUCCAGAACAGUCCCAUCACUGUCACCUCAAGAAUAAACAUAUAACUUAACCUGGAUGUUAUUGGCAUUAUAAAAGUAGACGUCGGCAUAUGACUGCAUUAGACUGUACGGUGUCAAGUCAGUUUGAUUUAUAUGUAUACAUCUAAUAACAACUCUGCCUCUGAGGUACAUAAUGAAGUGACCAAUGAGUGUAUAUCGAAUAUAGAAUGCAUACUGGAUUAAUAAACACAUUUUGUAAUUGGAUUACAAAACACAAACAAAUUGCCACAUGCUGAACCAAGAGCUCUCGGAGCCCCUGUGGGCCCAAGGGCAGUUGCCCAGUCCAACCUUGGCUGAAAGUCACGCACAUCCAUGGUGCAUUUAAUUAUUCUGUUGCAGGUUCAUAGUAAUGGAAAAUAGUGUAUUUUGCUAUUUUUAAGGGGUGCCCAUAUUUGUUCCGGGCAUCCAGUAGUUGAGCCUGCGCCUGACUAAUUCAACCAUCCACUCAACACUCCCUCAAACUGCAUGAGAAAAAGGCAGUAAAGCCAAACUAUCCUUUUCACCAUCACAACGUAGAAACUACUAGCACAGCUCCUAAACAAGGACGUUAUUUAGCUUUUAACAGAUAUACUAACAUUUUAACCAGUCUUGUCUCAAGUUAUGAUUGUGAAAUGGGUAACGUGUUACUGGUUGUGUCGCACUGUUGGCUGCCUAAUGUAGUUUUUCUGUUUUGUGAGUUAUCUCCGUCUUACUUUGGAAAUAGCUGCGCCCUGUAGUUUUCAACCUAUUUAAAUGCAUUCCUCUGAGAAACUACCUGCUGUGAAUCUCACCGGUCGGCACCCCAGAAUUGGUGGCAGAUACAGGAUUUUAUUGUUGUUAACCAGUUGUGUUGUUGUACGCCUCCCAAAGGCAACCACUCUCAUCAGCAUUCAUAUUCAUCAGCACUCACUCUCGCCAAAAUCAGUGCAUGUGAAGUAUAAUCUGGAGUCACAGCGACACUUUUGUGCGACCAGGUGACUACAAACCUCAACAAAUUUUGUAUUUUCCAAAACUAAGUACCUGGUUAUGUAGCCUCAUGGGUGUCACAGGAUCACAAACAGUGCCAGUCAUCACUUUUAUAAAAUGUCCUUUAUGAAAAACAAAAACCACAAAAAAAUUUAAAUUGUUUAGAUAUGUUUUUUUAUUUAUAUAUAUAUAUAAAUAAAAAAUGUCUCAAAACCUAUACUGUUUUAAAAACAGAUGAGCAAUUAUUCAGAUUACAUCUUUUUCUCUGUCAAAUGUGUUGAUCCAAGAGCUAUAAUGAAAGUAUUCAACUGUUCUCUGACUGUUUUCUAAUUAUGUCUUGUCAUACAAAAAUCUUGCUGUGUAACUGAAUCGAAUGGCUGAGGUGUGUGUGUGUGUGUGUGUGUGUGUGUGUGUGUGUGUGUGUGUGUGUGUGUGUGUGUGUGUGUGUGUGUGUGUGUGUGUGUGUGUGUGUGUGUGUGUGUGUGUGUGUGUGUGUGUGUGUGUGUGUGUGUGUGUGUGCGUGUAUGUGCGUGUUUGUGCAUAUGUCAGUGAGUGACUGAGAUGACGAGUUGUAUUGCCAAUUGAAUUACCCCAGUGUUACAGGUCAGGGAAGUCUCACUUGUUAAAAAGAGAGAAACUCACUGCCUGUAAUUCUACUAAAGGCUGUAGUGUGGAAACACUGUUACUGUACUCUGGCCUGAUAUGGUGUGUCUCCUCUUUCCUCUUGUAUAGAACCACUGUUCCAUUUCAAGGAACCAUUGCCAAUAUAAUCUCCCCACUCAUUUUAUAACUGUAACACAGUAAUAAUAUUUAUGAAACAUUUAAGAGAGCAGCGUUGCUGUGACCUCUGAACUUUGGUGAGUGUUUGUUUCCACCGGUUACUGACUCCUCAGGUUUAUGAAACUCUGCAGCACUGCUUGUUUGUAUUUUUUGAAUUUUUUUGCCAAGAGUGAGGAGACUCGGACUUAAGCAUAAACCACCAAACAGCUCUGUCUCUCAUCCCUAACUUGAUAAUCAUAUUUAUUAUCAUUUUCAGUGAAACCUUCCCGGAAACAUGGGCUAAAUUGGUGAGUUAAUGCCAGUUACAGUAACGGUAACUCCUCCACCCAGAAGCCCACAAAGGAAUGACUUAUGCAAUAAUGGUGUUUCAGCAUGCAAUAAUAGUAACAACCCCUCAAUAGGACCGCCAAAUUAUCAACGCACAUCCGCUGACCCUUUGCAGUGAAAUUCUUCUUCAGAUAAACACGUUAUAAAGGGAGAACAGUGUAUUUUGUACAAAUCUUUUAAAAGUAUUAAAAUAACCCUGUUAAAUGUGUACAUAAAACAGUUGAAUGAAUGGUGAAAAUGUGAUGUGUUUUUUUUUCUUUCCCUGAAUAACUAAAUGAAACCAAUAUUAAUGAAAA